AUGAAUGUGUCUUCAGAUCACCCUGGAGUGCAGCUGCAGUUCUCCCCUUCGCUGCCCUACGAGAACUCCAGCGUUGACUCAUUCCAGCAGGAGAACACUGAGCUGGAGAGACUGCUCCUAUUGACGAUCCAGGAGCCCACCACCAUCGCCCUCACCGUGAUGUAUGUACUGUCCUUUGUGGUGGGGUUCAUCGGGAACAUCAUGUCCAUCAAAGUGCUGACCAGCAGGCGAAGCAAGAGGCUGCCGGGCGUGAGCGCCACCCGGAGCCUCCUGAUCAACCUGGCCGUGUGCGACCUGAUGGUGGUGUGCGUCUGCAUGCCCAUCACUCUCGGCCACAAGAUCUACACCGUCUGGGUGUACGGGGACUUCCUCUGCAGGGCGGUGCCCUUCACCCAGGCUGUGUCCGUGUCGGCCAGCGUCCUCAGCCUGACCGUCAUCAGCGUCAACCGCUACUACAGUGUCCACAGCCCCCUGAAUGCCCGGUCCUUCUUCACCCGGCGGAAGAUCUUCUGGACCAUCGUGGUGGUGUGGGUCUUUUCCUCCGGCAUAUGCUCGCCCCUGGUCUUCAUGAACCAGCGGGACGAGUUCCGACCCAUCGAGGACCUGCCCUUCGUGUUCCCCAUCUGCAGGGAGAUCUGGCCGCAGGCCAGGAUGAAGCAGGUCUACAACGUGCUGCUCUUCGUCGCCCUCUACUGCCUGCCAGUAACCUUCAACCUGACCAUCAGCUGCCUGACGGGGCGCAAGCUGUGGUGCGCCUCACACCACUUUGCCGAAUUCGACCCCCGUGGCCAGGCCGCGCAUUCCUCCCGCCUGAAGGUGCGCAAGAAGAUUGCCAAAAUGGUGGUGGCCCUGGUGCUGCUGUUUGCCGUCUCCUGGCUUCCGCUCUACGUGGCUGACAUCUGGAUCGACCACGAGGUGCACCCCCCGCCCUGGAUCCUCCAGCUACGGCCUUUUGCCGAGUGGCUGGGCCUCACCAACUCCAGUCUGAACCCCAUCUGCUAUUGCUUCAUCGGAGACCUCUACCGCUCGGCCAAAGUCAUCAGGAGCAAGUACCGCCAGAGGUUCCUCUCCUUCUUCCGAUCCUCCUCCUCCAACGCCCUGCCAACACUGCUCUCCUUGAAGAGGCCGAGGUCCACCCAACACAAAGAGACCAUGUGCAGCGUGCUGGAGGACCGCUUCUCCGACUGGUACUCCAACACCAGCAUUUGCGAGACCGCGCUUGGCUCCAGCCAGCAAGUGUCUCUUAAGAGUACCUUAAGACAGCCAGGAGACAGCGGAGACUCAAGGGAUGUGUCCGAUCAUACGGGUUUCUAG